CUCAGGAGCAAACCCGGCCCUAAAAUGCAGAGUGCGUAAUUGCGCAUUGGGUACCUGCCGUUCCGGGUCGAACAACGGAGACCAAAUCCACAUUUCUCUAAAACCCUCAAGAGAGAAGAAACCCCUAAAACCCCAACUGGAAUCUCUGGUCUCUCUCUCGCCUCUCUCCGGAGCUUCUUUCUAUUUCACUCUAAUCUAACAAUUAUCAAAUGGCAGCCGCUGCUCUAAGAAACCCUAAUUCUAAACGGCUUUUACCCUUCUCUUCUCAAAUCUACUGGUCCUGUCGAGGAGGAUCAGCCGCCUGCGCCUCCACUCAUUUUUCUCUUUCUUCAAAUGACUCUUUUAACCAUAAUCCAUGGUGGAGAUCCAUGGCCACCUUCACUCGAACUAAACCUCACGUAAAUGUCGGAACAAUUGGACAUGUUGAUCAUGGAAAGACUACCUUGACUGCAGCUAUUACAAAGGUUUUAGCAGAAGAAGGCAAAGCCAAAGCGGUUGCCUUUGAUGAAAUUGAUAAGGCUCCUGAAGAGAAAAAGAGAGGAAUUACUAUUGCUACGGCUCAUGUGGAGUAUGAAACUGCUAAGCGUCACUAUGCUCAUGUUGACUGCCCUGGACAUGCUGAUUAUGUGAAAAACAUGAUUACUGGAGCUGCCCAGAUGGAUGGUGGAAUACUGGUUGUAUCUGCUCCUGAUGGUCCCAUGCCUCAGACAAAGGAACAUAUUCUCCUUGCUCGUCAGGUCGGUGUCCCAUCUCUUGUCUGUUUCUUGAACAAAUGUGAUGCUGUUGAUGAUCCAGAACUAUUAGAGCUUGUGGAAAUGGAGCUCCGUGAACUGCUUAGUUUCUACAAGUUUCCAGGAGAUGAAAUCCCCAUCAUUCGUGGAUCAGCACUAUCUGCUCUACAGGGAACAAAUGAAGAAUUAGGGAAAAAGGCCAUCUUAAAGUUAAUGGAUGCUGUGGAUGAAUACAUUCCUGAUCCCGUGCGUCAACUGGACAAGCCUUUCCUUAUGCCAAUUGAAGAUGUUUUCUCAAUUCAGGGGCGUGGAACUGUUGCUACUGGACGUGUUGAACAAGGGACCAUUAAAGUUGGUGAAGAAGUUGAGAUUUUGGGUCUAAUGCAGGGUGCUCCUCUAAAAACAACAGUUACUGGUGUUGAAAUGUUUAAGAAAAUCUUGGAUCAAGGACAAGCCGGUGACAAUGUUGGCCUUCUCCUACGGGGUUUGAAACGAGAAGAUGUGCAAAGAGGACAAGUGAUUGCAAAGCCUGGAUCUGUUAAAACAUACAAGAAGUUUGAGGCAGAGAUAUAUGUGCUAACAAAAGAUGAAGGUGGACGCCAUACUGCCUUCUUUUCCAACUAUAGGCCACAGUUUUACAUGCGGACUGCAGAUAUCACUGGGAAAGUGGAAUUGCCUGAAAAUGUUAAGAUGGUUAUGCCUGGAGACAAUGUGACUGCAACUUUCGAGCUGAUCUUACCCGUUCCUCUUGAAGCAGGACAAAGAUUUGCCUUGAGAGAGGGAGGUAGAACAGUUGGAGCAGGUGUUGUCUCGAAAGUGAUUAGCUGAGUUGCUUUGACGUCAGAUCCUUUAUGCUUUUUGUCCCCUUGUUCGCUAAAAGUGCUUUAGGUAAGAAGACAUGAUUGUUAUUGAUGAGAAGAAAAUGCCAUGUGAUAAUUUCUUAUAAAGUCUGCAUUUGAUGCAAUGUUGUUUCUAGGCAUUACAGAAGAGAUUGUUAGUGAUCGCAAAUUGAGUUAAUUUGAGAGAAUGAUUGUCUUCCGGUCCUGCUUCCAUAGCAUACAAUUGAUCAACAUAGCUUGAUCUUUUUCCCUCAGCUUUCUGUGGUAUUUAAAUAAUAUUCAUUCAAAUUGUACUAAUGUUUAGAUUAUAUGCCACUAAUCAUUCUAUAUUUGAAGACUGUUUUUCCUUGUCAA